AUGGUGGGCAGGGAAAUGAUCUGUUUGUCCGAGAGCACUCUGGCGGUGGCCGCCGGCGACCUUCCGGCGACGGUUAGGUCGCCGAAAUUUUCGAUUUUGCACAGUCCAGUCACGCGAUUCUACUGGAGGAGUCGGAAUGAUCGGCAGAAAGAUGAAGAGCCGAUUGAAGAUCUAUUCCCAGAAAUAGGUCAAACUGCCGAAGGAAAAUCCAAGGCAGAUUGGACUCCGUGUUCUAUGAAGGAAAAUCGACCGGCUGUAUCAAUAUUGAAGUCGGAUUGGGUGCGUCUGGAAGAAAUAGAAGCCAAAAUCUCAUUAGUUGGACGGUUCGUGAAGGAACGUCCGCCUCUGGACAGUCUACGGGAGAAACUGAACGCUAUUCUGAGACCAGAAGGGGAGCUGAUGGUUGGAUCGUUGACUCGGAGAAGUAUACUGCUCAGGUUCUCAUCGGAAACAGAGUGCAGACGGGCCUGGCUGAGAAACCAGUUGGUGAUUGACGGAAAUCCCCUGUGGCUCUCUCGUUGGAGGCCGGAGCAACACCUCAUGCCUAAUCGCGAUUCUCCAAUGUCCCUGGUAUGGAUUCAGUUACCUUCCCUUCCCAUUCAUCUUUUUAGCUUUGAGAUACUCUCACGAAUCUGUGCACCCUUCGGGAGAGUCGUAGCUCUCGAUUCAGCAACUAUCCGGCGAACUAGACCGAAUGUUGCGAGAAUCAGAGUAGAAUUGGAUGCGUCUAAGCCUUUGUGCGAUCGUGUCUGGAUUGAAAUUGCUGAGGAGGGUGGGAAAUCGAAGGGAUUUUGGCAAGUUAUUGAGGCAGAGAGAAUGCCCUUAUACUGCUCCAUCUGUGGCCGAUUUGGCCAUGUGGUGGAGAGUUGUAGAAGGAGGGGGGAUUUUAUUCUGGAUAAUAGGGUGGAGGAACCAGUGAGACCACCAACUGCUUGGCAAAAUGCUCAAGAGAAUUCUCAGCAGGAGCUCCCAGUGGAAAUAGGCAAAGGAGUUGAAGCAAAUAAAUGCACAACAGGUGCUCGACAAAAUGCUUGUGAAAGUUCUAUUCCUGAAAUUGGGUUGGAAGCUCAUGAAAUUAAGGAGAAAGAGCUAGUACAAGGCAUUCAAGAUGAGACAUUGGGAAAUAUGCUAUUUAAGCAGCCACUGGAAGAUGCUACUUUAGAAGCCAAGCUAUCCAACCUUGUAGCAGCUAAGGAAGGAAGUACUCCAGUUGAUUGUAGAAAUGCCUCAGAGGGGCUGUGUUGUGGCCUGAGUAUUUCUGAGCAAGAACACAUGGUGCAGGAGGCCAUUUUGGAGGCUGCUGAGAACAUAAUGGAAGAGGUAGCUGAUAAAGUGAUGAGGGAGGGUUGCUCAACUCCAAAAUGGGCAGACUUAGUGGAGGUUGAAGACCAGAAUGGGAUUUCUGGGAAAGCUGAGAUGAAGUCUGCUAAUAAAGGGAUGCAAAAUCCCAGGAGGGGUUUUGGAUAUGUUAGGAAACAAGGGAGUGUGGGGUCUGGAAGCUCAGAGGCCAAGCUGGAACCUGCAUCUUCAACAGAGAGCAAUAGAAGCUCUUUAGGGCAAGGCAAAGGGCUCUCCAAAAAUCAAAUAAGAAGAGAAAAAAGGAAGCAAAGUAUGGCCAGAAAAGCUGAAAAUAAAAGAAGGGGAGAAAUCUUGAAUAGUGAAAGCUCUCAAGUGGCUACUGGAUUGUCUGAAUCACUUAUGGAGCUUGAGGUUUGGAUUAAUAAAAUAAGGGAGGUGGUGAGCAAGGAGGAUGUUGAGGUGUUUGAGGAGGCUAGAGCUGAGGUGCUACAAUUCUUCAAGCAUGCUUAG